AGGGAGGGACUGAGAGAGAGAAAGAGACAUCUCUGAUUGUAGCUGCGCUGAAGCUCACACGGCAUCUCAAUCCCCUGGCUGUGCUGAGCCAGAGAGCACUGAAGCCUUUAUUCACACGGAGGAUUUUAGCUGUCGCUGCUCAUUCACUAGGCCAUUGAGCCCCAGAAGAAUAGCAUCCCUUCAGUCAGGUUUGCCCUGGACUGCUUGUUUAUUUUUCCCCUUUCUUCCUUCUUUGUUUUCCUUGACUCUCUUUUUCAUUCUUUCUUUGUGCUGGAGAAGAUUCUUGCUUGGACUGGAUUUGGAAAAAAAAAAAAAAAUCGGCAUUGUUCCUAUUCACUGCUCCUAACUCUUCACUGAGGGCCGUCAUCGUAAGUGUUGUUGUCGUCGCAGCAGCUAUCAGCUGAGUCACCAUGUCUGAUCUGACGCCCCAGAGCGAGGCCCCCACCCCCACCACUGACAAGAUCACACAGGCUGCCAGAGAGACCAUCUACCUAUGCAACUUCCGCGUGUCGGUGGAUGGCGAAUGGCUGUGCCUGCGCGAGCUCAAUGACAUCUCGCUAACGCCAGAUCCCGAGCCGGCUCAUGAAGACUCAUGGGAGGAUUUCACAGAUUUGGUGGAGCAAAUGCGAAUGCUUGAUGAGUUUAAAGAUCCCAAGGACCCCAUUGCCAUCGAGAGGCUUAACCUGAUGAAUAUGGCCAAGCUGAGCAUUAAGGGCUUGAUUGAGUCUGCAUUGAACCUGGGCCGCACACUGGACUCAGACUAUGCCCCACUGCAGCAGUUUUUUGUCGUCAUGGAGCACUGUCUGAAACAUGGGCUUAAAAGUAAGAAGACGUUCCUUGGUCAAAAUAAGUCUUUUUGGGGUCCUUUGGAGCUUGUGGAAAAGUUGACUCCAGAGGCUGGUGAGAUCACAGCCAGCGUCAAAGACCUUCCUGGGCUCAAAACCCCUUUAGGAAGAGGCAGAGCAUGGCUUCGUCUGGCUUUAAUGCAGAAGAAGCUCUCAGACUACAUGAAGACCAUCAUCAACCGAAAAGACCUUCUCAGUGAAUUCUAUGAGCCCAAUGCUCUUAUGAUGGAGGAGGAAGGAGCCGUGAUCGCUGGGCUGUUGGUGGGCCUGAAUGUCAUUGAUGCUAACUUGUGCAUGAAGGGAGAAGAUUUAGACUCACAGGUUGGAGUCAUAGAUUUUUCCAUGUAUCUGAAAGACGGUGCACACAGCAGCAAAAGCACAGAGGGUGAUGGACAAAUCACAGCUAUUCUUGACCAGAAGAAUUACGUUGAGGAACUGAACAGACAUUUAAGUGCGUCAGUGAAUAACUUGCAAGCCAAAGUGGAUGCGCUGGAAAAAUCCAACUCAAAACUUACAGAGGAGCUUGCCGUUGCAAACAACAGGAUCAUCACUCUGCAGGAGGAGCUGGAAAGGGUGAAGGAGGAAAGCUCUUACUUAGUGGAGUCUAGUCGCAAGGUAUCAAGGGCAGAUGGUACUGCAAACGGUCAAGUGCUUGGGGAAACUCGCAAACAGCUUAAAGAGGAAACCCAGCUCAGACUGGAUGUCGAGAAGGAGCUGGAGGUGCAGAUAGGGAUGAAGCAAGAGAUGGAGCUGUCCAUGAAGAUGCUAGAGAAAGACAUCUGUGAAAAACAUGAUGCUUUGGUGGAACUCAGACAGCAGUUAGAUGAAAUGCGUACACUCAACCAUGAGCUCUCCAUUAAGUCACAGAGCUCAGAGGCCAGCGCAAAACAGAAGAGUGACAUCAUCAGCCGCUUGGAGGAGAAAACAAACCAGAUGGGGAGCAUUAUUAAACAGCUGGAGAGCAGAUGUAAGAAGGCGGAGCGAGAGCGGGACCUGGCUGAUGAGGCCAACCGACUCUUCAAGCAGGAGUUUGGAGACAAGAUUGAGAGUCUGCAGGACGAGGUGGAGCAGUUACGGAGACAGAGAUGGCUUUUGGAACAAGAGCUCAGGAAAUGGAGAGAGCCGCAUCCUGGAGGACACAUGUCUGAAGCUCUUUUAGGAAAAACGCCCCCUCAAAGAGACAUGAGACAGCAUGUGGAGGACAUUAGAAGGGAGUUAGAGUCUGUCAAAAAAGAAAACGGUACAUUGCGUACUGCACUUGAGGAAAAGUCAAGUCUAAGUUCCAGUUUGACGCUGUCACAUGAAGAUGAACAGGACCAGUCUCUUUGUAAAGACGUUGUCCCUUCCAUCUGCCCAAUGUGUGAAAACCAAGACUCUCUGACUACACCCAAGAGGCAAUGCAAGAACUGCAGUGGCGUGUUCUGUGAGAACUGCAUGGCAAAUGAACUCCCUCUGCCCUCCUCCAUCAACCCUGAACACGUGUGUGACGUCUGCUAUUCUCAGUUAAUGCAGCAGUACGCGUCCUCCCCAUCCUGAGGGGGCGCUCAUCUCUGAGCACAGACUGUUCUGGCAGUAGCUUCAACGGGUUAUCCAUGAAAAAUUACACAUCACAUUUUAGAUCAUCAAUCAGUAUCGGGCAUCUCAGUUUAGCAACAUAUCUGUUAUUUUGUUAGUAUAUAACAUUUUCCAAAAAGGGAUGAUUUUUACAAGCUCUUUGUUGGAAAUGCUUUAAAGAUUUUCGUGAUUUCAUAUAAUUCUUGAGGAUGAGUGAAGCUGUCCACCAAGUGGAUUUAUGAGGUUCUAGUACUUGAAUUGUAUCCGUGCCAUUCAAUAUUGCAAGCGGGAUGAUACAAUAACAUAAGUCACAUAUUAAUAAUAUAUUUUAAAAAAAGACUUAUGAUGGAUUGUAGACAGGAUAGUGUCAGCUUUUUGAAAACUAUGGCACUAAACAAGGCACAUACACUAACAUUUUAAACUUUUGAGUCCAAAAUUCAUAAAUUGUGCAAAAAAAGAUAACAGUUCAGACAAACUGCAUAUUAUGGAGCUUGUCACAGAGAAGACCAUAAUAACUCGACACUGAAAGUAUGUAAAGAGAUAAAAGGGUAGUUUUAUGCCUGUGUAAUGUAUUUUAUUCUUAUUAGCUGAA